AUGUUCUGGAGUAGCCGCGUCGGAGGCUCUGUUCGUGCUGUUACAGACAUGGAUAGUACACCCAUCACCACCAAAUUGCAGGGCAACUACUGCAUAAUGACCACACUCUGGGAGACGAUCAAAUCUCUAUUCGCAACCAAGAGCUCACGUCAUCUCACAGACCUAGGUUCAGACGAGAAUCAAAAGGUCCUUGACAUCCAGCAGCGAAACACGUUUCUGCAAUGCCACAAGAGUCUGCGGAAUCAGAUCAGGGACAGCCAACAGAAACAAAGAUCCACCUGCAAAAACGACAGGGUAAAGUGGGUGACUCUUCUACAGCCCUUGAGCGAGAGUCAAGAGGAAAGGGAGGAGAAAGAGAAGGCUGUCCGGCUCAGGGACACUAUUGACUACAUCAACCAAACGCCAAUGACAAAUACCUAUCGCUGUACAGGUGCGGAAGAUGACCAGGGUGCCUGA